UCAUCAGCAGCUUGCGUUUAGUUUGCUUUCAGAGCAGCAGCACAGCACCAGCGCAGCAGCAGCACAGCAAAGAUCUCUCCUCCAGCGACCAAAAACCUCUCAAAACAUGAAAGUGAUUUUCGGUUUUGGGGCUCUCCUCGCCCUCAUCUGCCUUUCUGAAGCCAAAUACAACCCGCCAAAGGUGAAGGUGUACAGCCUGAACCCCGGCAAGUUCGACGUUCCAAACAAGCUCAUCUGUCAUGUGACUGACUUCCACCCGCCUGACAUCAGCAUCAGCCUGCUGAGGAAUGGUCAAGAGAUUGAGUCGGAGCAGAGCGACCUGGCCUUCCGCAAUAACUGGCAGUUUCACCUGUCCUACUACGCCCCGUUCACCCCGAUCAGCUCGGACGUGUACAGCUGCCGCGUCAAUCACAACCAACGGACCAAUACCUACGAGUGGGAUCCCAAAAUGUAGUUCCCGGGAUGUCACGAUGACUGAUGUCAUCGGGGGUUCGGCCACAUCUCUUCUUCACGUUCCACUGUUGAAUUAGACAUCUCUUCCCACCAUUUCCUGACGUGCAGCAGAUACUAUAGCAUCAGACAUCAAAUAUUCACACCACGCAUCAGUUUGCUUUUCUUGUGGGAGCUUUGGGGCCUUUUCUACAUGAUUGUGAAGUUGUUUCUCCACAGUGAUGUUUGGUGAAUUUGCGCGUUGCUUGACAUUUGAGGUUCAUUAGGCUCUGAAUGAUUUUCCGCCUUUGGUUUGGUUAGAAUUUAUUGCCUUCUCAGAUCACGGGUUAAAUGCUGUAACUAGGUGUGGCAAUCAACGAAAGGGUAAAGAUCUCCAAAAACAUGGCAAUAAAACAUGUAAUUAAUUAA